AUCAAUAGCGGUAGCAGAUAAACCCAAUCUGCUACCCUGCCAAAGGCGCAAAAAAAGCAGCCUAAGGAAGGGGCGCUCAAGAGAGAGUGGCAGAUUUACAUUGAGUCAGCCUAGAUAUACAGGCGACCGGAAGAAGGUCGCUACAAAGACUUCGCCUACAACAGAGGGAAAGCGGAUAGAAGCUGCCAGAGAUUAGGAGCAAAGGGGACGAGCCUCCGGUGGCAACUAAAACAAGGGGGGAGGAGCAUUAGCAGGCUGAUAGGGAUUGGCCGGCCACCGACGCGACUCUUGAUUCAUAGUGAAGGCGCGGGGAAAGCGCGCCAGUUCUUCUUUCGGACUAGCGUAGAGACGGACUACCAUGUAUCCUCCCGCCAAGCGCUUAUGCCUUAGUCCUGCUAGUUCGCUGGACAACAGUUUCCAGAAGCGCCUCAAGAAAAUCUCCAUUGAAGGGAAUAUCGCUGCAGGAAAGUCCACAUUUGUUCAUCUACUAGAGAAAUAUAGCGAUGAGUGGGAAAUAAUUCCUGAACCAAUAGCCAAGUGGUGCAACAUUCAAACAUCUGAAAACGAGUAUGAAGAACUUUCAACAUCUCAGAAGAGUGGAGGAAAUCUGCUUCAAAUGUUGUAUAGCAAGCCUACAAGAUGGGCAUAUACCUUCCAGACUUAUGCCUGUUUAAGUAGAGUUAAAGCACAACUAAAACCAAUCUCUGCCAAAUUACAUGAAGCAGAACAUCCGGUGCAGUUUUUUGAGAGAUCAGUCUACAGUGAUAGGUAUGUGUUUGCCUCCAAUCUAUUUGAAUCAGGAGAUAUUGACGACACAGAGUGGGCAAUUUAUCAGGACUGGCACACAUGGCUUAUGAACCAGUUUGAAUCUAACCUAGAGCUAGAUGGUAUGAUCUACCUUCGAACAACUCCAGAGAAGUGCAUGGAGAGGCUGCAACGUAGAGGCAGAGAAGAAGAACAAGGAAUUCCACUGGAGUAUCUUGAAAACCUUCACUAUAAACAUGAAACCUGGCUUCAUGAGAGAACAAUGAAAGUGGAUUUUGACAACUGGGGAGACAUGCCAAUUUUGGUUCUAGAUGUUAAUGAAGACUUCAAACAUGAUGAAAUAAAGCAAGAGUAUUUAUUGGAUAAAGUAAAGACUUUUUUGACUACUUAGCAACUGAAGAUACUGCUCAGUGAGGACAUUGGAAAACUGCCAUUUCUUUAGCAUGUACAAACUAUUUGCAUAGAGAAAAAGCAUUGAGUGUUUAUUUGGUUGUGUAAAGGACAGAGGCUGCUAUCCAACUAGCAAUCUAGGAGUUUUAAGCACAUGUAAAAGCAAGCGUUAUUGCUUGCUAAAGACAUUCAGAUGCAAGCGUCUACUCAUCUUGUGAUCAGUUUCUCCAGAAGUACUUAUGGUACAAGAAGUGAACAUUUUGUAACAAGUUAUGCUUAUCAACUCAUUAUUGAAAGUAUUUGUACUGCUUUUUUAAGUCAACAGGUUGUCCCAAUGCCUUUGUCCAGCUGGAUAUCUUCCUUUGUGUAUUUUAAAUAUGCUUUAACUACAAUAAACUAUUUUGUACAUUCA